UUGCUUAAUAUAUAUAUUUUUUAAAACCUGCACAAAUUUUAUGCUUGUUUGCCUGAAUAUAAUGCAUAUCUUAUUAUUCAUGUCUUGUUAAGUUUCUUUCAUCAAAUUCUAUUCAUCAAAUAUCGACGAAAUUGAAGUGAAAAUGGCCAACGUUUCAAACUCUACAAAAGAUGAAUCUGAAACUAAGUCACAAGAUACACAAGUUAUGGGCUGGAUUAAACGUACACAAGGUGAUGGAAUGGAAAACGUGACAGCUGAGAAAAAUGAAAUUAAACAGACAAAAUACCGCCUUGGUGAAACAUUGAUUUAUCAUCCAACAAAUUUAAAACAAUUGAGUUCAAUUCCACCAGUUAUGCCAAAUGGUCCAAUAGUAAAUUUAAUACCAAGACAUGUUACCAGUGUAAAAGAUGAAAAACAUAUUUUGAAUUCAUUGAAAUCAAAAGAACCAAAGUUUAUUCCUUAUGAACCAUAUAAAGCUGCAGUCAAUCCUAUCAUUCCAUAUGAAAAGAAGAAUAAAAAAUCACAAAAAGGUAAUGUAAAUGUGAAUAUGACUGUCUCUCAAGUUGCUGCGAUGAAACUUCAUGAAACAAAGGUAUCUAAUGAUUUGAAGACAGUAGAGAAAGAUAAAUCUGUAGAAAGUGAAUGGUUAAAAGAAAAGAAAGCAUAUGAAGGUGAAAUACAAAAACUUAAGGAAGAAAAUAGUCAACUUGAAAAUCAGUUGAAAUUUCAAGCACAGGUUAAUGGAGAAUUAAAAAACUUACUAGUAGCUGCUGUUGGAGAAGAUCUUGAAACAAAAGUUCACUUAUUGACUGAAGACAAAUUGCAACUUGCUCGAGCUCUUUUAAAUUCUGCUCAACAUUUGUCAACUCAUCAAGAACAAACAGAGUGGUUGGCAGGUCAAUGUGAAGUAUGGAGGAGUAAAUUCUUAGCCAGUAGCUUAAUGGUAGAAGAACUUGCAAAAUGGAAAGCAGCUCUUUGUCAGAGAACCACAGAUCUUCAGGAAACAAUAAAAAGACUUCUAGAGGAUCGAAAUCUAAUACGAGACAUAUCUCUUAAAACAUACAGAACACUCAGUAUUUUACGUGAAAAUUUUGAUCCUGUUGGAACUGUUUCUUGCAAAAGGCAUGAAUUACCAAGUACAAAUAUAAUAGAUUUAGCACAAGGCUGUUGUCAACUUGCAGAAAUUUUAAAAGUUCAAUUAUUAAGUGGUUUAGAGAAUCUUAAUUUACAGAAGGAAAUUAAUGUAACUGGCUUAGAUAUGAAAACAUUUGCUGAAAAGACUGCAGAACAACUUCUUAUGAGUCCAAAGUUGCUUAUGUCAGGAAGACAAGAUGUAGCUUGUAGUGCAGUGAUGGGAGCAGCUGUUGCAAUUGGUGGCCAAAUAUUUCUUCCACGAAGUGAUUCAAAUAUAACUUGUUGUCCUCAUUGUAGUGGAGAAAUUAAACAAAUUUAAAAAAUUUAUAUAUUUCUAUAAGUUACAAGUAUAGUGAAAUAAUCAUUAUUCGAUACUAUACCUUUUUAAAGUCUGUUUAAAACUCUUAUAUGUAUUAUAUUAUUUUUCUAUAUUUAGAAAUUUAUAAUAUUAUUAUUUAUAAUAAUGACAAUAAAAAUAUAAUCACUUAAUGCCAAUA